AUGAAAGACAUUUCACAUUCUACCGUCUUUCUCUUCAAGCAUGCUGAGAUUGGGCUUCCCUUUAGCAUCAGCCGUAGCCAUUCUCGUCAAGAAGCAAAAUAUCGCAAACCCCUCAUAGCAGUAGAGCCUCGUCUUACUGAACAAGCAAUCACCCCCGGGGCAUCUGUUGUAUCCAUCCCCUAUGGUCCUUUCACGACACAGCCACGUAGUCUACGUCCAGAAGAAACGCUUUUUGACAUUCAAAAGCCUUGUACAGACUGUUACAUCGUGGCGAUUCAUGCACUUAUAGAAGAUGCCAUCAAUGGAACAGAGCUUUUACUGGACUCGGGAAUUUGGCUCCAUCAUAUCAUUCUCUUCAAUCCUACACGGCCGGACCUAGUUUGUCCUCAGAUGGGGGAACGGUUUUACGGUGGUGGCAAUGAAAGAUGGACACGUCGAUGGAAUUCAAUCGGGCCCUGGGGAUAUAAAAUUGACCAGAACGAUGCCUGGGAUUCUGUUGUAGAGCUGAUGAACGACGGUCAGGCCGAGAAGACUGUCAACAUUGUGGUUCGAUAUGAAGUUGUGCCGGCAGACAGUGAAGAGGGUAGAGAAUAUCGCGGGAUUAGGGCUGUAUGGUUGGACGUCACGGGCUGCGGCCGUGGCGAAGUGGAGGUAAAAAGUGAGUCCGAGGCGUUCGAAUAUAGUACUCCAAAUUGGGAGUCACCUAUUAGCGGACAGCUAGUUGAUGUUGGGGGGCACAUGCACGACGGGGGGCUCAACAUGACGGCGUAUAGGAACGGUGAUCCAAUUUGCUCGUCAGUACAGUUGUACAACAAUCAGGCCUCAAUACAGCAUAUAGUAGCUGCAGGAAUGUGCAAGAAUGGUGGCGAAAUUCAUAAAGGCGAUGUUCUCUGGGCCGAUGCUAAGUAUGAUCCUAGCAUUCACCAGUUGGUCUUUCAUAAUGGAAAGCCGGAUCCUGUAAUGGGGAGCAUGGGUGUUUAUAUCGGGCUUUAA